AUGAUUGGGGUUCCUAAUUUGCAUAGCUCAAACGCGAUUUCCCACCAAACAGAUCUUGGUUCUGGCGCUAAUCAUUCAACGCAAUCUCGUCUAAAGUGGAUGGGAGUUUAUGUUUCAGGAGCUGGUGCUUCUUCGUUAAGUUGUAGAGGGCAGCAAAAAGGGGUUUGUCUCGAUAGAAUCAGCUUGAGUAAUCAAAACGAGUUGGACUUGGAUAGAGGCAGGAUAAAUAUUGAGAAGAAAUUCAAUGGACAAAUCAAUUUAAGUGGAUUCACUAAUUCUGCAAGGUUGUCUACAGAUGGACCAUUUGUCGAAAAUGACGAGAAAACUAAUAAUGAAAUUCUUCAAAGUUUUUGCGUUCGUGGGAAGUUACUAGAUGCAGCGAAGUUAGUAGAUGUGAUGACUCGUAGAAACCAGAUUCCCGAUUUCCCUUGCUGCGUAAAGUUGAUCAGGGGCCUUAUCAAUAUUGACCGGACCAGAAAAGCAGUUAAUGUCCUCCAACUCAUGGUUUUGUCUGGUGGGAUUCCAGAUAUUAUCACUUAUAACAUGUUAAUUAGUGGCCUAUGUCGGAAGAAGUAUCUCCAUUCGGCUAUUGAUAUCUUGGAGAACAUGAGUUUGAGUGGUUGCCCUCCAGAUGUUAUUACUUACAACACAAUACUACGAACCUUGUUUGAUAAUGGUAGGUUUGAUCAGGCUAUUCAGUUUUGGAAGGAUCAACUGAGAAAGGGAUGUCCUCCUUAUGUAAUCACCUACACUGUGCUCAUUGAGUUAGUCUGCAAACAUAUUGGAGUUGUACGAGCGUUAGAAAUCAUGGAAGAUCUGGCAGUGGAGGGAUGUUAUCCAGAUCUUGUGACCUACAAUUCAAUGAUCAAUAUUUCUUCUAAACAGGGAAACUAUGAUGACACGGUGCUGGUUAUUUGUAACCUUCUGUCUCGUGGAAUGGAGCCAAAUACUAUCACAUACAACACUCUUCUCCACUCUCUUUGUACCUAUGGGUGUUGGGAUGAAGUGGACGAGAUCCUGUUUUUCAUGAAUGAAACAUCACACCCUCCUACUCGCAUAACUUAUAAUAUUUUGAUCAAUGGUUUAUGUAAACAUGGUCAUCUGGAUCGUGCAAUUGACUUCUUUAAUCAGAUGGUUUCCUGCAGUUGCUGUCCUGAUAUAAUUACUUAUAACACCCUCCUACGUGGUUUUUGUAAGGAAGCAAUGCUAGACGAGGCUAUCCAAGUUCUUCAUUGCUUAUGUUAUACAAACUGCUCUCCUACUUUAAUCACUUACAAUAUUGUCAUUGAUGGAUUGUCAAAGGAGGGUUUUAUGGAGAAAGCAAUGGAAGUGUACAAUAACAUGGUAGAGCACGGGAUUUGUCCUGAUGAGGUUACCUAUCGAUGUUUGAUUUGGGGUUUCUGCCGAGCCGAUCUAGUUGAAGAGGCUCUAGAAUUAUUGAAGAUGAUGGGUAUUAACAAAAACAGGAUAAGAGAUAAUUGUUAUAGAUUCAUUAUUAAGAGAUUGUGCCAGAAUAAAAAAUUAGAUUCUGCAAUUCGAGUCCUAGAAAUGUUGAUAGCAAGUAGACACAAGUCUUAUGUCACAGUUUUUUCGGAAAUAAUUCAUGAGAUUGACGCUGCUGGUAUGCCUGAAGAAGCUGGAGAAUUACGACAGAAAUUGGUGGAACUUAAGAUUUUCAGAGAGUAG